AUGAAUCUGACACUCAAACCUCACAGUCUUGCUCGCAUCCAAAACGGCCACAAGUGGACCCGCGACGCAACGCCUGAAGAGAUCAAGAAGCGCAUCGAGGAACGAGAGCAACAUUUCGACUACUGGCAGGCGGACACAGGGUGCCCCGUAGCUGGAUAUUCUUCCAAGCUGCCAGAGGACUAG